CGCUUCCUUGUCGCCAUAACGACUGGAGACUCUUGUGUUGGCGGUGAACUCUGGAGAACGGAAGAAGAGAGGACUCAUCUAAAGACUUGACUUCAGCCCUUGUGUAUUGUGACAACAAAGAAAUGCCAGUCAUAAGUAUGUCCAUGGGCAAAGCUCCAGCUGGCAUUAACCCACCAGUAAAGAUGCUCAAUCCUGCUGCAGAUCCUCGAAAGAUGCGAAGAAUUAUUGCUGAAGACCCAGAAUGGUCUCUUGCUGUUGUGCCUUCCUUAAAAAACUUAUGUCUACAGCACAUAGUGAAUCAUUUUGAAGAGAAGCCUAUUCUGAAUGAGCUCCUGCCUAGUCAGAAGGCUUUUGUCCUGGAGAAGCUUCCUACCUUCCUGCCUUUGAGCCUAACAGCCAAUCUGAUCAGUGAUGAGGGUUACUGGAGACGCUGCUGUGAGGACCGCUGGGGCCAGAGGGAUGUUUCUGAGUAUGACCUCAGCUGGAAACGCAUGUUCUUUGAGCGUCAUCUGGAGAACAUUAUUGAACUUUUCAUUCCCGACCAAACUGAGCCCAAAUCAGUGCUGGAUGUUGUGCCACUCUGUCAGAAUUAUGUUAGGAGGCUAAAGAUAACUCAGCUUCUGCCACCUAUCAGAAAACCACCAAAGUUCAAUGAAGAUGAUGCCUCAGAAUCUGCCAGCGAUUUGGGCGAUGAUGGGCCAUCAAUAGACCACUUUGACUUUAGAAUCCUGCUGAACAAGCUUACCAACCUGGAGGAACUGCAGUUGGUUUAUGGAGUGAGAGGGUGUGGCAUGAACUUUGAAUGGAAUCUAUUCGAGUUCACCUUCAGUGAUUGUCAGUUCCUGGCCAAGGCCCUGCAAUCGUGCACAACUUUGAAGAUUCUUAAAAUCAAUCAGAGUAACGUGGAUGAUGAUAAGUGCCGGACGCUGGUGAGCAACCUGCUAGAUCAUCCUUCUCUGCUGGAGCUCGACCUCUCACACAAUAUCAUAGGUGACAGAGGAGCAAGAGCCCUCGGGAAGCUCUUAAACCGCAGUCACCUGAAGCAGUUGGACAUUUAUGACAACAAAAUCAAGGGGCCAGGAGCCCAAGCUUUAGCCCACGCCCUCUCUAAAAACACCCCUUUAGAGUCCCUCAACCUGAGACUGAACCAGAUAGGGGAUGAAGGGGGCCAAGCUUUGGCCCAGGCCCUGUUAAAGAAUUGCAUCCUCCUAAACCUUCACCUGGGAGCCAAUGAGCUGACAGAGCCCACAGCCACAGCACUGUCCCACAUGUUAGUGCACAACUCAACUCUGAAGAGGCUAAAUCUGUCCUGCAAUAGACUGGGAGAGGAUGGUGGGAAGGCAAUGGAAGAGGGAAUGUCGCACAACAGCAGCCUGCUGGAGUGUGAUAUCCGCCUCACUGGUGUCAGACUGGAGAGUGAGUACAGCAUCAAGAAACACUUGCACACCAACCAGGCCAAAGGCAGGCAGGACACAGCAGCCUCCAGAUAAUUCCCAGACAAGGGAGGAUUAAAUAACCUUCAUUCAUUUAAACCAAUCACACAUAGAAAUGUGGUGUUGUCAAUAUGAUCUUUACACAAAUGUGUGUGGGACUUUGGAUAUAGGCAUAAAUAAAUAAAGAACUGUUAAAGAAAAGUUAAA